AUGUCCACCAACCGACCACCAACUGUAAGUGAAAUUGUUGGGGCAAUAGACGUACCGAUUCGCGUGCAUGCCGCCACCCACCACAAUAUCGACGUUCUUUGGAAACCUACGCUUGGCGGGGCCGAAAAAUUUCUCGCACCACUUCCACAGACAGCAACGAUGAAGAGUUGCGACGUGUAUCGAUCACCGAAUUGGGUCCUUCAAGCCCUACUACCACAACCCCCCACGAUGAUCCCAGAUUAUAGCGAUUUCGCUACCGACAAGGGAAUGUCUAUUGGCUAUGCUGAGGGGCCACGUGUGAGAAGGAUGUCACUGAGUGAGAUGAUUUUUCGGAUCUCCGGGAAAUCGACGCUUCACUACUGGAGCGAGAAGACGAUGACCGAAGAAAAUGUGGCCAACAAGAAGUCUUCGGUUACUGAAGUGAGUAAUAAAGGAGUC